AGUAUGUGUGUGUACAGUGUGCGUGUCUGUAUAUGAAGGAGUUGAUUGGAAAUUUUCAACGUUGCGUAGUCUACCUUACUUUGGCAAUAAGCGUUGGAAAUGAAGUUGAAGUUUAUUUAAUGAAUGUAUGACGAGUCUGGGAGCAGCCGAACUGGUGUCAGUUUAAGACUGUGGCUUGGAGGCUAAAUCAACACGAUACCGAACUGAGAAUGCGCAUGUAAUCUUGGCUAAAUUCCGACUCGUGAAAUAACGGUUGACGCUGACAAGUGAAGAUGACUUCUUCAAACAAGUCUAAAUGUUAGAGUAAAAAGCUUAUAGGGAACUUGUCGCAUUUCACUUUAGCUGAUCGAAACUUAUUUUAUUUUUUUGUUUUUAUGCGAGUGCCAUUAUGAGUGCAUGUGCCUGGGACUGUGGGUUGUUUAUGUGUUUCGGAAAGUUCUAUAUUUUUAGUGCAGAAUUAUUUUUCAAUUUAUGCAUUGAAGAUGGAAACAACUUCGGGGCUUUUUUAAAUGAAAUAUGAAUGUGUAAUUGCAUAAGCGAUUUUUAGCAACGCAGGCCAUUGGGAAAGUUCCUUAGAUAUACCAGGAUGUUGAAGACCCUUACUAAAAAGCUAAGACGACAUUCCUUGAAUGAGAUACAUCCUUUUCAGUUUAAGGUUUCCUAUCAUGGCAGUGAAGAAGGGGGAGAGAGUGAAGAUUCAGAGGGGGAGAACCAAGAACUUGCACAAAUUGACAGAGAACGAAGGCGGAACUGCAGCCUGACUCCUUUGGCAACCAGCCAGCAGCACAAUCAAGAAGUCCUCUCACCAGCUCACCUGCGACGCCUCCGUGUCCUCCUUGAUCCCUCGCUUGAUCAUCACAGCUCCGAGGAGGAGUUGGAGCGCAUAGCAGGUACAACAGGCAUGGACGGGAGCCGAAAGUGGCAUCAUCACGGCGAACACAGCAGUGCCUCUAGCGACGAGGAGGUCAGGGAUCUGUGCCGUUCGACGGAGGUAGAUGGGGCGACUCGGCUGGUGGCGGCCUCCCCCAGCCCGGUGCUUUUCAGCUCUUCUCCUCCACGCAGCAUCAAGCCCCCUCAUUCUGGAUUCAGGGUCCCAGCCAGACCCAUCAUUCUCAGCCACUUUGAGCAGCCGGCAAUGCCCUACUGGAGACAUCGACCAGUCUAUGCCGGAGAGCCUAGAAGACCCAGCCUGGACCUAGAGAAGAUGCAGCAGAAAAUGCUCUUGAAGAAGAACUGCGGUGGGAAAACAAGAACUAUAAAAAUUCGGAACGUGAGCGGCAGCCGUCCUCCCCCCAGGUACGCCUACGACCCAUCCAUCUUCGCCUUCCGCUCUCUCUGCAACGCUCCGUCGUGCAGUCCAAUGAUCCCCUCUGAGGAGCCUCCCUGUGCUUAGGUGAAAAGACCUGACACUGAAAAAGAACACAAAGGACCAAAUUUCCAGCUUUCUCUGUUCUGUGGAAAAUCACACAAAGCUGAAAGCCAGUCCCAGUGAUAAGACUGAUAAACAGGAAACCUUGACAAAGCUCAGUCCAGAGGAGCGGCAGCCUUCGCUUUUUGACCUCUCUUCCUUUCUUUUUGGCGGUCUCUCAGGAAUCUCCUAUUUUGGACUCAUAAUUUUUGACAAAAAGCCAUGACUGUCGGCGUCCCAAACAAGGCUUUGGAACUGGCGACUUACUAAUGUUUCAGGUUUAUCACCCCUUUUCACUGUCAUCUGACCAUCAUUUAAAGCAGAAGACCUUCACCUAGUAUCCAAACAGAGGAGUGACAAGAGACAAUCAAAAGAUGGAAGUAAUCCCAUGAUAGGCCUUAAACGAAAAGAAUGUGUGUUUUUUUUUUUUUUUUGCUAUUACUAAAACGAACAUUUCAUCUCAGUGAAAAACCACUAGGUCAGAUAGAAAAGUUCUAUACAGAAACAUCCAUACCCAUAAUGAAGAAUUGGUGUCAAAAUCAUAACCAGCAUAUCCAUAGAUGCUAUGCCCUGCCAUAGCUGGAGAUGUCCAGUUGUCACGUUAGUACAGCAAAUCCAUAUAAAACAAUUUGUUGCAUAAUGUUGAAUUUUGAGAGAUUCUUAAAAUAUAUGGCCUUAAAUUAAUAUGUAGUCUGCUGUCGCACACGCCUACAUAGAGUUGCUCUUUAAUCAUCCUUCAGAGAAGCCAUAAUUGUGAUGUGCAUAAACUAUGUCCUCAACUAACAGAGCAUAAACAUAGUUUGGACAUGAUUUUGUCUGCACUGAAAACAUUUUCAACAUUUCACAUGACCUCAAAUAUUUGUCUAGGCUUCAUAUUAAUAAUAGCAGAUACAUGUUGAUUCAGAGACCAAUAUUAUCAGAUUUUGUCUGCGUUAUUGUUUUUAUUGAUGUGCUCUGUGAGUAAUGAAAUGAUACAGGACAAUAAUUGAUCUGUUAUCUACAACUGUAGUACAGCUUUGUAUUGUUGAAUGGAAAAGGACAUAUUGAAAACAAUAUGGAGUAUGAGAAGUACAGGGAAUACAUAAUAUUAUGAGUACAGUAUAUUUCUGAUACACGUAUUUCUAUAAUUAUCCAUACUGCAAUUAUGGUUUUGUUUAGAUACUUUAGAAAACAAGACCAACCUUGUAUUGAAUAUAAUAUUGUAAAGAUGAGGCUUGCCAAGCAUUUAACGUGCUAAGCUAGGCAGAGGAGAUGCAGACAUUAGAAGUUUUUGGGGUUUUUUUGCUGGUGUAUAAGGUGCUAGAUAUUUAAAUAGGUAAACAAAUGUCGCCUUCAAAACAAACUUUGUUUGAGGCAAGCAAGCUGAGUUCCCCAUGCAGUCUGCAGCAGGGACAUGCAAACAUUGAUUGUCAUGUGUGAAAAGGCUCCUGUCCUUUGAUGUUUCCAUGUCCUUUAUAUGAACUUUAGAAUAAUAAACAUC